UCUAGAGAUUAAUUUGCAUAAUGUAGUUCCGUCAAGUGGGUCAUGAGAUCGGUGGGCGUAGCAGCUGCAGUGCUUUAGUGUCGUCUUGGAUGUCUCUGAAUCAACCCGCUUCAAACCUAACUGACUUCCAUUUGUGGCUGGGUGAUCCAAAGUACCAUGGCUGCUCAAUCUGAAGCAGCCUGCCAGACUGAUGUCCCUACCAUGAUGCAACAGGAGGCACAGGUACCCACCCCCUCAGCUGCAACAGAAUCCCCACAACGAACUGGAGCCAUCGGAAACAUGGGCACAGUCAGCGGUAGAAACAAUCCUACCAUUGUUGGUUCAAAUGUAGUCAACUUCUACAGCUCGGCGUCGGAUGGAGCAGGAGUAAAUCCACAGAGUCAGAAACCAGACCAAGUAUCGAGAGUGGGGGAUCUCAACCAAGAAGUCGGUAACAAGACCAGGGACAUUUUGAGGACAUGUUACAAGACAACGGGUAGCUAUGUUCAGUUGAACCCUGGGGCUCCUGACGAUCAAAGACCCAUUGUUGGCAUUUACACUAAAUUGAGUGUUAGAACAAAGAAAGGUACUGUAGAAGAAGAAUACUCUGACGAAACUGUAUAUUCCACAGAGUAUGAGAAAAUAUUGAAAGAUUGGCCUGAGACUGAGUUCAAUCGUGCUAUUUUAUUUGGCAUUGGUGGUGUCGGGAAGUCAACCAUUUUUGACAAGAUUGCAUAUGACUGGGCUGAUGAGGCAUGUGAAAUCCUGAAAAGAUUCAAGCUUGUCUUUCUUUUAAAAAUGUAUGCCCUGUUUCAAGAAUCUGAUCUUGUUGAUUCCAUUUUUGAUCAACUUUUAGGCGUAAAGUCAGGAGUAGCCAAAGUUGAACUUGAUAAAUUCAUUCAGGACAACUCAAAUAAGGUCUUGAUACUUUUGGAUGGUUUUGAUGAAAUGAGGACCAAAACACUUGAUGCAGCCUCAUUCGGGUCUACCCUAAAAGCGCUUAGUAGAACAGAAUACAGGGAUUGUUUCAUUAUUGUGUCAACGCGCCCCUCUCAUCUUGAGACACUGAUGUCAAAAUCACUUGUCCAAAAUCCUUGCACACAUGUAGAGGUUCUGGGGUUUACCAAAGAGGAUGUUAAUGAAUACAUUCUGAAAUUCUAUUGCGAAGAUCCUGAUAGUGGCAGUGCACUGAUCCAAAACAUUGAAAAAUCCAACACGCUGCUCGAUUUCUACACGAAUCCAAUGCUUCUCCUUCUCAUGUGUUUGUUGUGGAGGGAGAAAAAAACAACUCCCCGAAACAACUUCACGCCUAUUCACUGAGGCAGUUGAUUACAUGUUCACAAGAAAAGGAUAUAGCUCCGAAGAUGCAUCAAAAACAGUGAUUGCUAUAGGAAAAACUGCACUGAGUGGAUUCGUAAGUGCCGACCAGAAUUUCUCAUUUCAAAAAGAUGAGUUUGAACAAAAUGCGCUGGACCUGGCACUGAAAGCAGGCAUCCUAACCCAGCAGAGAGUUAUCAAAAACCUCAAAUGUCACAACAACAUACAAUUCAUGCACAAGACUAUUCAGGAAUACUGUGCUGGGAAAUACUUGCAAAGUGUACAUAUGUCGAACCCAGGAUUUGUAAAGCGUACGGUGUGCAAAGUUGUUCCAUUUGGAGAAUUUCAAAACAAUUUAAGGCAACUAUGUCAGACAAUUGAGGGUGUCGUUUCAAAUGAUUUCCUUUUGCGUUUUUGUUGUGGUGACAAUGAAAAGUGCAUGACUGACAUUGUUAGAUUGCUUGACCGUAAAUUCAACAAGGAUCGACAUAAGCCCAUGUACCAAUCAGACGUUAUACAAUUAAUUAGUCAACACUGUUUUUUUGAAAGCCAAUCCAAAAAGAUCCCACAAUGUCUAACCAGCGACUCACUCAUCCCAUCAGAUAUCUGGGUGAAAAACAAUACUGAUGUCCGCACUC